GCGCGGUAUGCUCUUCUACACGCAUGUGAUCAUGUGUCAGCAAGCCACUCAUGCUCAAAGCAGUCAGAACCCCUUUAAAAUCAGAACAGAGACCAGCUGAAAGGCUCCCCACCACCAUAUCAACAUGGAUUGCGGAAUUGUUACAUCGAAAAUAGUCAUUUUGCUUCUAAGUUUAAUAUUUUGGGCUGCGGGGGGUGCCCUUGUCUAUGUAGGCUCUUAUGUGAUCAAGAGCUACAGCAACUUUGACAACUUCCUGCAGGAUAAGUACACGUUCAUCUCGGCAGGCAUCAUCAUACCUGUGGGAGUGGUGAUGUUCAUCAUCGGGACUGUGGGCUGCUACGCCACCCUGAGAGAAUCCAAAGUGGGCCUUAGCUUUUUCCUGCUGGUUAUCCUGGCUAUCUUUGCAGCAGAGGUCGCUGCUCUAGUGUAUGGGAUCAUCUACCAAAGAAGGAUAAAAGGGGACUUGGAGCGGUCAAUGAGUGAUGUGUUCCUGAAGUAUGAUGGUGAGAACUCUGACACCCAGGCUGUGGAUUACUUGCAGUCUCAGUUGCAGUGCUGUGGAGUGCAGACCUACCUGAACUGGACCACCAACCCCUGGUUCAGCAGCAUUAACAACGCUGUGCCCGUCUCCUGUUGUAAAGGGAACAACACAGAGUGUACAGGCAAACUGGACCAGCUAGACCUGCUCAAUACCCGGGGUUGUGAGGGUAUGCUGGAACAGCUCCUUCAGGAUGUGAUGAGUUAUGCCUUGCUGGUCAUCCUUGGAUUUGCCAUCUUCAAGAUUUUCGGGACGCUCAGUGUGUGUGUGAUCACGUGUAAAGUCAGGCGAGGUGGCUACCAGUCCCUGGAUGCCUGAUCCUGUUGGCUUGAAGUAUGCUUCUGAGGCUUGUCUUGCACUCUCUCCUGGCCCCUGACUCCUCUCCCCUUUCUCCAGCACUGAGACUAUAGAGCCUUAGGACUUAGAUUUUAGCAACCUUUCAGGAACAUUCUUACAGUUUUCAUUCAGCAAUUCCUAUGUAGUUGUCAGCCCACCAAACGUUGGGCAAACCACUGUCAACAUUUGAAGCAUUGGAAACCACAAGAUGCCAUUUUUUUAAAAGAUAGUUGCGAAUAGGAAUUACCACUCAAACUUUUAAACAAUGGAAGUUGGUUUUGUAAUUUCCUGCUGUGCAUACUGAAAAAAUAAGAAAGGGUUUGCUCAGUGACAUAUCAGUAUAUGGGGUACACUCCAUUUUAAAGAGGCAAUCUGGGACUCAAACAAUAACAAAAUGGCUAACCAUGCAAUUGUUUUGGUAAACAGCUGAUGGAUGGUGCUGGCGAAAUGUAACCAUUCUCAAAUUCAUAGACGGGUCUAUGGAUACAAAGACUAACCAUAUAUUAGAUCCAAAUGAAUGUUUUCCUUAACAAAAAAGUGGUACAGUUUGUUUACAAUCACAUUGUUUACAAACAAUGGAGUAAAAAGGCUUAUAUUUUGGGUUCUGAUGGGGUAAGACGGUUUAACUAAGCUCAUGAGGCUUUUAAGUAAUAUUUUUCAAUAAUCAAUUGCUAUAUAUCAUUAAUUUGUUGACCAAAAAUGUAUGUGCCACUCCCAGAUUGCCCCUUUUUUUUAAGGCUUGAAAUGUUAUGUUGAAACGGCCAAGGACGUUUUUAAGACUUCACCACAUCAGGGUAGUAGGCUCUGUUUAAUCAAGACUGGAUUGUCUUGGAUAUACAGUAUUACGUUACGAAAGGACUGUCAAGAUUAUUUGGGAAAUUAUUUGAUAAAACUAAGGGACAGUUUGAAAUGUACUAGAGGGUGGGGUGGUGUCAUAAAGAAAAUGCACCCCCCUCCACAAAGUAAAAAUAUUUUCAAAUGACCUUCCUCUUGUACUGUUAAAAAAAAAAGAGAAGACAUUGCACACUCUGCUCACUCAUAGAGUUAACUCAAUCAUGUUUAUGACCACAAAUAAUAACUGUAGUGACCCUGUGUUUAUAAGCGUGGAUAUUGACUUUGCCACUUCAGCAUGCUUUUGUGGCACUGUCGAUGUCACACAGGGCUACAGGCCUUGAAGGUUGAGUGUUUGUCGACCAGACCACCACGGACUAGCUCCCUUGCCUGUUUCAUUAGGGCUUACACUAUGAUCGGAGCCGGCUGCAGACAAUGAUCAACAAGAGGAAUCUGAUUUUUUUUACAUUUUGAUGCCAUAUUUCUCAUUAUAUUAAAAUAUAUGGAAUGAAUUUUCCACCGACAGGUUUCUGUGCCAAUGCUCCACACAACCAAUAAACAAAACAUACUGACUUUGGGCGUUUCAGUAUCAUGGUUUGCAUUUUCAACACCGCAAUAAAUACUGUCAAUCUCGUACUUUUAAGUACAAUUCUGAAAUGGUUGUUUGCCACUGGUCUAGUGCACUUGCCAGUCUAGGGUGUCAAUUCCAUCCAAUUGGGGAAAGAUUUUUGUGCGAAUAUUCCAUAAUCUGCAUAAAAACAAUAUGCGCAUUUUCCCAUGUAAUUGACUUGUUGCCGAUAAGUCUUUGCGUAAAUACGUAAUCCACAUAACAAAUAAAUGUUGCGGUUAAAUUCCCAUGUACCAAAAUAAAAAACUACAAGUUAAA